GAUAAAGUUCUUCGCCUUAUGUAAUUAUGCAGAUAAUCAAAGCACCCGUUUCUGCAGGCAAUAUUUUGAAACAAUGUCGAAGCAUUAUUGUAUAUAUAGCAAUUAUGUUUUGAAUAUUUGCUUGUGCGUCUUGAAUUUCACUUGUGCUUUUUAAGCCUUUGGUAGUUGCUUUGGGCAAAUGAAGCUGAUAAAUACAUGAUGUUUAAAAUAAAGGUAAUGAUAUUGUUGGUUCUGUUCAUAACCCUGGUUGUAUACUUUAAUGACGACAUAGAAACCUUUCACUUCAAAAAUAUAUCGGAAGAGAUUGGACAUGUCUCGAUGGUAACAAACACGAGGAGAAUUUUAUACAAAAAUAAGACCUUUAUUCAUUUACUCCGAGACUCUUUCGUAAAAUUGCAACAAUUUAACAUAACUGGCAACGACGUUAUCGUAUUUUUGCACAUUCAAAAAACAGGCGGGACUGCAUUUGGGAAGAUUUUAGUAAGAAAUCUUGUACUUGAAAGGAAAUGUGAAAAGAUCCAAAUAGCAAAGAAAUCACGGUUUAUGUGUAAACGACCAGGCAAUGAAGAAAUUUGGUUAUAUUCAAGAUAUUCUACUGGCUGGGUAUGUGGUCUUCAUGCAGACUGGACGACAUGGCACGAUUGUUUGCCAAAUGUACUGAAAUCUCGCCUUGGUGAAGAUCGAGCCAGUAAAACUAGAUUAUUUUAUAUUACUAUAUUACGUAAACCCGUUGAGCGAUUUUUGAGUGAAUACAAGCAUGUUCAACGCGGAGCUACAUGGAUGACAUCAAUAUUUACAUGUAACAACAAGAUAUAUACUGUUUCUUAUUGCUUUAAGGGUUCAAAUUGGAGUAAUGUGAAAUUAUCAGAGUUCCUUGGUUGCUCUCAUAAUUUAGCCUUUAAUAGACAAACUCGAAUGUUGGCCAAUCUGACUGAGGUUGGUUGUUAUAAUAGUACAGAGUAUUACAACCACAGCAAAGAAAUAGCAAGGAUGAUGUUGAAAACAGCUAAACAGAAUCUCUUAUCAAUGGCAUAUUUUGCUCUAUUAGAAUAUCAACGAGAAAGCCAGUACCUUUUUGAAAAGACCUUUGGCCUUCAAUUCAAGAGGAAGUUCUUUCAAAUGCCAGUGAGUGAAACUCUGGGUGGUGAUGAACUGUUGAAAGUUAGCACAAGCGAGCUUUUACAAAUCCGUAAAGUCACACGAUUAGAUCGGCAACUUUAUAGCUUUGCAAAAACCAUAUUUUUUAAACGACUGAAGUAUUAUCAGAAGCUUGACAAAUUCAAUGAACCUUAAUGAAUUAAACAUAAAUAUAUGUUACACAUAUAACUUAAUUUGUUACGUAAUGUAUAGACAUUUAAAGUUAUGUAUAUUAUUUUAAAAUAUAUUCAUUUUUCACUAAUUAAUCAUGCAUAGAUAGAUAUAUAGAAAAGAUAUUUACCCACAUUAA